AUGUGCUUCCAGAAUGCUACUUCACUUAUCGGUCGUUUGAGUCACGUUUCUAUUGCAACUUCCGAUAUCGACAAAGCCUCGGCUUUCUACAAAAACCUGGGCGCUAAAGUUAGCGAAAAAGUGGCACACGAAGAGUACGGCGUUUAUACAGCAUACGUUGAGCUACCAAAUACAAAACUGGAGCUGUUUUGUCCAUUGAAAGAGAAAAUCUGGAGCAGUUUUAUCCAAGGAUUUCUGGAGAGAGACAAAAUGAAUGGUAUCCACCACAUUUGCUUGCAGGUGAAGGAUAUCAAUCAGAAACAGGGAAUCCGGAAGUUAUCGAAAGAGGCCAGUAGUGGAGCGCCUGCGAAAUUGCCAAUAUUCCUUAAUCCGGAAGAUUGUGGUGGUGUGUUGAUUGAACUUGAACAAGAAUGA